AUGACAGACGACGACAGAAAAACAUAUGAAGCAAGGCUUGACGCCUUCGAGCUAUACCACAAAUACGAAUACCCUGCACGCUCCAGGCAGAAUGGCGAUUGGAAGGUCGCUGCACUACGAGGCCCAGCUCUGCCAGCAUUGGGACACGCUGUUGCAGGUGCCGCAGGCUCAGCCGUGUCGAAUGUUGCAACAUAUCCAUUGAAGUUGAUCGUUACUAGAAUGCAAUUAAAAAAGGCUGCUCAAUCUAAUAGCAAAAGCGGUGUUGAACAGGCGGGCUAUCACGCCAUUGUGGACGCAGCACGCCGGAUUUAUGCAAAAGAUGGUAUAAGGGGGUUUUUCAUUGGUGUGGGCGACGACACGUGGAAAACAAUAGCGGACUCCUUCCUGUUCUUCCUCGCAUAUACUAUCCUGCGACAACAAAGACUCAACUCGAGGAUGAAGGCCAGCGGGAGAAAACGUGCUGUAUUACCAAUCUUGGACGAGCUAGCUAUCGGUAUGCUAGCAGGGGCCUUCUCGAAACUAUGGACAACACCUUUAGCAAACAUAGUGACGAGAAAGCAAACUGCAGCCUCUACAAACCAUUCAGAACCAAUCUCUACGAGGAAACUCGCAGAGCAGAUUAUGGCUGAGAAGGGGAUACCUGGGUUCUGGUCUGGAUAUUCCGAGAGUUUAGUCUUGACAUUGAACCCGUCUAUUACGUUCUUCUUGAACGAAUUCCUGAAAUAUUUGCUUCUUCCACGUCACAAACGACGUAAUCCUCCGCCUACAGUGACGUUUCUGCUGGCAGCCAUCAGUAAAUCAGUCGCUUCUACAAUCACAUACCCCGUCUCGCUAGCCAAGACGCGAGUACAAGCGGAUCCAUCUCGGGGUAAAGAUGAUAGGCAAGAGAGUCGACGCAAAGCAUUUGCAUUCAAUCUGUUCACGAGUCUUCAAGCCAUUGCCGCAGAAGAAGGCAUCGGUUCAUUAUACGACGGUCUCAUCGGAGAAGUCCUGAAGGGGUUUCUCUCACACGGAAUUACAAUGUUGACCAAGGACGCCGUGCACUCCGGAAUCGUACAUACUUACUACGCAUUGCUGAUAUUAACGAAGAAGUACCCGAGUCCUGAAGAACUCAUCAUUCGAGCGCGCCUGCAAGCCGAAGAGUAUGCAGAGGUCAUGCGAGAAGGCGCCAAAGACGUGGCCGAGACGGUAAAAGAGGGUGUCUCGUCGGUGACGAGUACGAAUGCAGCCGUUGAUAUGUCGUCACAUGCGCCGCCGGCAUAUUCUCCUUUUGAAGACACGCAUGAAAUGGCUGAAAUAGUUGGCGACUACGUUGAAGAUGAUGCCGUAGAAUGGCGCAAUUAUGGCUCAGCGUCUCGUUGGUCAAUUCAAGUGGUUGCUAUGGAGUGGCAUCCAGCGUCGUUCUUCCGAACAGAUAUCAUCCCGCCGAACCCGUACGCGAUAUUGAUACUGAACCAGCCCAUCAAUGAGAACGCCUUUGACGCUGCGCGGCGACAUGCAUGCUACAUCCUCCUCGCUGACGGCGGCGCAAACCGGUACUAUGACCUGAUGAAAUCGCGCUCCGUCGAGAAUAUCGACCUCCCCUCCUGCAUCAUCGGCGACCUUGACUCGAUUCACCCACACGUGCGCGCGCAUUACGCCUCACACAAAAUCCCCGUCUUGUACAACCCAGAUCAAUACUCGACGGACUUUAUGAAAUGCCUCCGAUUCCUGCGUGCGCAUUCACACUCAAUCAUGUCACAGGAGAAUCCAGCAGUGACAUCAGACAACCAUGAUCUAUACAUGACAUCUUCCGGACCCUCGUCGUCAUCAUCAUUAACGACAGGCACCGAGCCGAAACAGGCGCAAAAGCUCGAUAUCGUCGUCCUAGGCGGAUUGGGGGGAAGAGUGGACCAGGGCUUUUCACAAGUUCACCACCUAUACGCCGCAUACGAAGAGAAGAAAGAGGCAGAGGAGAAAGAGAAGACCAAAGGCCAAGCGGCAGGAGAUCUAUACCUCCUUUCCGAAGAAAGCAUAUCAUUUAUCCUCCCCCCGGGCAAGAACGUCAUUCACACACCCCUCACCCACCGCCGAGACCAACAACAACAAGGCGGAAACGGAGAAACAGAGAGCACAGACUCAAAAUGGGUCUUCUCCGAGAACGUAGGCAUAAUCCCGCUCUCCGGGCCGACGCUCAUCUCCCUGCACGGCUUUGAGUGGGACGUCACCGACUGGCGCACCGAGAUAGGCGGGAAUUUGUCGACUAGCAAUCAUAUUCGCGCAGAUCGGAUUGGAGUUGAUGUGGACGAAGCGAGGGGAAGAGCGGUCUUGUUUACGGUUGAGUUGGGUGAGAGGUUUAAGAAGGGUCAAUCCGCUAUACAGGGCUGA